AUGGCAAGCAAGACUGAAGACUCUGUUUCUGUGGACAAUGCUCCUGAUGGUAGCGUCGAUAAAGAAAUAUUAUCAUUAAGUGGAUCAAACAACUCCAAUCACCGUGUACCUCCUUAUAUAUACAAUGGAGGAUCUGAACAAGUGCGUGAAAAUUUGGAGCACGAUAAUCUUAAUCAUUUUCGUCCAACUUCAGAAGACCAAUUAGGACCAUUGCCACAUAAUUGGGAGAAAGCUUACACCGAAACGGGAGAAGUUUAUUUUAUUGAUCACAACACAGGUACGUCUCAUUGGUUAGACCCACGUCUCUCAAAAUUCCAAAAGCGUUCAUUGGAAGAGUGCCUUGACGACGAGUUACCUUACGGAUGGGAAAAAAUCGACGACCAGUUAUAUGGAACAUAUUUUAUCGACCAUGUAAAUCGCCGAACGCAGUAUGAAAAUCCAGUUUUACAAGCGAAGCGUGCUCAGCAGAUUUUAACAGAGCGUAAAAGUCCGAAUUUUACCCGGAAUCCAAAGAAACUAAAAGGCCAGCGGAUCCAAACCACACUUAUCAAAAGCUCCCGCGGUUUGGGAUUUACAAUCGUCGGCGGUGACGACACAGUUGAGGAAUUUCUACAGAUAAAAAGUGUCGUGCCAAAUGGUCCAGCAUGGCUCGACGGAAAAUUACAAACAGGCGAUGUUUUAGUUUACGUAAAUAACACCUGCGUUCUGGGAUUCACCCACAAUGAAAUGGUGAAUGUGUUUAAGUCAAUAGCAAGCAGUGAGACGGUGACCUUGGAAGUAUGUCGCGGCUAUCCACUGCCGUUUGAUCCGAAUGAUCCCAAUACCGAAGUAGUAACUACGAUAGCCGUGAACGCUCCAGACAUGAUGCCGGACGAUCCGAGUAUCUAUUUGGAGCUAGAUCCAAAUAUGCAGAACGACAACCGAUUUGGCUUUCUCGACUCUUCGUUCUUGCCCGUACAUGGUCUCCAAAAUGGCGAGAACUUAGCUACCGCUUCCGUUAACUCAAUGCCAGAUCUCUGUAUCUCCGAUAAAAUAAAUACUAUUAAACGACCGAACAGUACUGACAUAUUACUGUCCGAUUCUACGGACUAUAACGACCGGAAAGAGUCACCACCACCUUCCAAGUCUGAGUUUCUGAGUAUCCCUGUGAUUAAAGGUAACCAGGGUUUUGGAUUCACGAUUGCUGACUCAUCUCACGGGCAGAAAGUUAAAAAAAUCUUGGACAGAAAUCGGUGCAAAAAUCUUCUUGAGGGAGACAUACUUGUUAAUAUUAAUGACGUUAAAGUCAGGAAUAUGUGUCACACGGAAGUUGUACAAGUAUUGAAAGAAUGCCCACGGAAUCAAGAAGCUUUGAUCCAAGUUCAGCGUGGUAAAUCAAACGAUAAGAAGGAUAAAAUAAACCAAUGCUUUUUCCGUAGUAAAACACCCACUGCGGAUAUUUAUAGCACCCAAGCCAAAACAGUGGUGCCGAGUCGUCCGAAAACGCCGCUAAUAGACACGAGAAAUCGCACCAAGUCUCCAGUUGUCGAUGUGAAUAGACCCGAGUGGCGGACUAAUACUGCUGAUAUUAAUUCAAUGGAUGAUAGGUGCAAGUACACUGAGUACAGUACACAUGAUGUGUACUAUACUGAUCCAUACAAAGAUAAUAUGGUGGGUAAUUUAGCGGAUAAUUUUGGCCAGAUGGUAAACAUGGACGACGAACCGAUGAGACACAUCAAACGUGAAUGGCGGGUCAAUGAUAAGAUGAGCUUACCAAAUGAAAUGUAUAAUAUGGAGUCAUCUCUUCAUAGUCCGACAAUGAAACAAAAUGGAAGCAUUCAUCAGGAUUAUUACAAAGAUAUUUAUGGCGCGCGAAUGCAUCCUCAAUAUGUUGUCCAAGAUUACAAUAAUUAUAGUAUCGGGCAGGAACAAAAUGUGGACACUGGUGAGAUUUGGGACAAGCGAAAGGAAACGACGAGCUUUGAACAUGAGCAACCACGCUCUAGCUCGGUAGCUAGGUAUCAUCCGCAAUAUGGCAAUGAAAUGGUUUGCCCGACGAUACCUGAUGUUGAGUGGAUUGAAACUUUGGUGACGCUGGUAAGACAGGACUCCGGAUUUGGAUUCAGGAUAGUCGGUGGUACGGAAGAACAUUCUCAAGUAUCUGUUGGACACAUUGUACCUGGUGGAGUUGCUGAUAUUGACAAUAGGCUCAAUCAAGGGGACUUGAUAAUGUCUGUCGAUGGCGAGAGUGUAAUGAACUCCAGUCAUCAUCAUGUGGUACAGUUGAUGAUUGCUGCUGCGAGAAAUGGUAGAGUUACUUUGGGAAUUAGGCGACGGAUUAAUGCUCAAGAUUUGCAACCGUCGUAUGACAGCGGUCGACCGAUGAAUAUGCAGUAUCCGUAUGAUGUUGCUGUUACGAGGAUGGAAAAUGAAGGGUUUGGAUUUGUUAUUAUUUCUUCGGUUAAUAAGGCUGGUUCGACUAUUGGGAGGAUUAUUGAAGGAUCUCCUGCCGAGCGAUGCGGUAGGCUUGAAGUUGGGGACCAUAUUCUUGCCGUUAAUCAUGUUGAUAUAACUAAUCUUUGUCAUAAGGAUAUUGAUGAAUCUACUGGAGAUGGUGAUGGACAAUAUCAUGCAGUUGAAUUAACUCGAGGAACACGUGGCUUUGGAUUUAGCAUACGAGGAGGACGUGAGUUUCAGAAUAUGCCUCUAUUCGUACUCCAGAUUGCAGAUAAUGGUCCAGCAGCUAUUGAUAAUCGAUUAAGAGUUGGAGAUCAAAUAAUUGAAAUAAAUGGAAUUAAUACGAAGAACAUGACGCAUGCGGAAGCUAUUGAAAUAAUUCGCAAUGGUGGUCCAUCAGUAAGACUUUUAGUACGUCGUGGGUGUCAAAUGCCGAGUGCGAAUAGUGUUACAUUUGAUGAAAUAAGCAAUCAAGUUAUUGACGAUGAUGACACCUUAAGAAAUUCCGAGAUAAUUUAUCAUACAAAGCGUACGAAAAAACGAAAGUUCUUCAUUCCACUCUGCUGCUGUUCCUCGAGAAAACGGCAAUGA